AUGGGACUGAUAUCCUCCUUCAUUCUGGUAUGUACUAUCACCUCCAUUGUCUACUUCAUCGCUAAACAUAUGAAAUUAAGAGAACGACUGAAGGGAAUCAAUUGCCCACGUUCAUAUCCUUUGAUUGGGCAUGGAUUGAUUAUGAAACCAGAUAUGGAAGGGUUUAUCAACCAGGUUAUGGGCAUGGCCUAUAUGUAUCCUGAUUCACCGCGAAUGGUUCUUUUCUGGCUAGGACCUGUACCUGUGGUGAUGUUGUAUUCAGCACGUCUGGCCGAGAAAAUCCUCACUUCCAGCAAGCAUCUGAGCAAAGGCUACGCUUAUAGUCUACUAGAGGCAUGGCUUGGACAAGGUAUAAUUACGAGGUUGGUGCAUUUAUCUUGA